AUCUACAGAUUUUUGCUCUCUGAAGGGGCACAGCAGGUCCUGGUGACUGCCAUCACCUUUUCCUUCAGGAUGGCUCUACAGGUCCCCAGCCUCCUCCUUGCAGCAGCUGUGGUGCUGACGGUGCCGAGCAGCCCUGGGGCCGAGGGCAGAGACUCCCCAGGGGAUUCCGUGUACCAGUUCAGGGCCCUGUGCUACUACACCAACGGGACGCAGCACAUGCGGCUGGUGACCAGAUGCAUCUACAACCGGGAGGAGUUCGCGCGCUUCGACAGCGACGUGGGCGAGUACAUCGCGCUGACGGAGCUGGGGCGGUCGUGGGCCGAGUACUGGAACAGCCAGAAGGAUCUCAUGGAGCAGACUCGGGCCGCGAUAGAGACGGUGUGCAGACACAACUACGAGGUGACGGAGGCCACCACCUCCCUGCGGCGGCUCGAGCAGCCCAAGGUGGCCGUCUCCCUGUCCAGGAGGGAGGCCCUCAACCACCACAACAUGCUGGUCUGCUCGGUGACAGAUUUCUACCCAGCCCAGAUCAAAGUGCGCUGGUUCCGGAACGGCCAGGAGGAGACGGUGGGGGUCGUGUCCACACAGCUUAUUCAGAACGGGGACUGGACCUUCCAGAUCCUGGUCAUGCUGGAGAUGACCCCUCAGCGGGGGGACAUCUACACCUGCCAUGUGGAGCACCCCAGCCUGCAGAGUCCUGUCACCGUGGAGUGGCGGGUGCAGUCCGAGUCUGCCCAGAGCAAGAUACUGAGUGGCGUCGGGGGCCUCGUGCUGGGGCUGAUCUUCCUGGGGCUGGGCCUUUUUGUCCGUCACAGGAGUCAGAAAGGACCUCGAGGGCCUCCUCCAGCAGGGCUCCUGCAGUGAUUCGUGAGAGUGUUCUGACUGAAUUGGCUAUUGCACUGUAAGGCUUACAUGUCCCUGACCCCAGUUCCUGUCUGUGCCAGCCUGCCUGUCCUUCUCUGGUUCAGAGUCUAGCAUGGUGCUAGUGUAUCCACCAGUUCAACUUUUGUGAUCCCCAAAUCCCCAAGGCUCUGUUUUGCUCUCCUCCUGGACUGAUUCCAGAGACCUUUUGUGUACUGCGGCCUGAUCUACUCAGACCCCCAGGCCUUCUGUUUUCACUGUCCCAUCCAGGCUGCUGAAGAGAUGAGCUGAAAACAUUUGUCUCUUUUUCAUAAUUAAACAUGAUUCUGAAUCAUGUG